CGCAGGGAUCCCCUCGCCAGCCAAUCGCGUCCGAGCCGCGGGACCGCCAGGAACAAAGAUGGCCGGAGCGGCCUCGGCGCGGGCAGACUAAUCGGAACGCCAGGCACCCGGCGGGACCGCGAAGGCAGAGAGAGGGAGAGUGGCAGCCGCGCAGUCGGGAGCAUGGAGGAGGGCGGCGGCGGCGACAGCAGCAGCGGCGGGAGUGGCGGGGCGCAGCAGAGAGAGCUGGAACGCAUGGCUGAAGUCCUAGUCACCGGGGAGCAGCUCCGGCUGAGGCUCCAUGAAGAAAAGGUCAUUAAAGAUAGACGGCAUCAUCUCAAGACCUACCCAAACUGCUUUGUUGCCAAAGAACUGAUUGACUGGUUGAUUGAACACAAGGAAGCCUCUGACCGAGAGACGGCAAUAAAACUCAUGCAGAAAUUAGCCGACCGGGGCAUCAUUCAUCACGUGUGUGACGAGCACAAGGAAUUCAAGGACGUCAAACUCUUCUACCGCUUUAGAAAGGACGACGGCACCUUCCCACUGGACAACGAGGUGAAGGCCUUCAUGCGAGGACAGAGGCUGUAUGAAAAACUGAUGAGCCCUGAAACUGCGCUCCUACAGCCCAGGGAAGAGGAAGGGGUGAAGUAUGAGCGAACCUUCAUGGCAUCUGAAUUCCUGGACUGGUUGGUUCAGGAAGGUGAGGCUACAACCAGGAAGGAGGGAGAGCAGCUUUGCCACCGACUUAUGGAGCAUGGCAUUAUACAGCAUGUGUCCAACAAGCACCCGUUUGUGGACAGCAACCUCCUCUACCAGUUCAGAAUGAACUUCCGCCGGAGGCGAAGACUGAUGGAGCUGCUCAAUGAAAAGUCUCCGUCCUCCCAGGAGACACACGACAGCCCCUUCUGCCUGCGGAAGCAGGGCCAUGACAAUCGGAAAUCCACCAGCUUUAUGUCAGUCAGUCCCAGUAAAGAGAUCAAGAUCGUAUCUGCCGUGCGGAGAAGCAGCAUGAGCAGCUGUGGCAGCAGCGGCUACUUCAGCAGCAGCCCGACGCUCAGCAGCAGUCCCCCUGUCCUCUGCAACCCCAAAUCCGUGCUGAAGAGGCCUGUCACCUCUGAGGAACUCUUGACUCCUGGGGCUCCGUACGCAAGGAAGACAUUCACGAUUGUUGGUGAUGCAGUUGGCUGGGGCUUUGUGGUUCGAGGAAGUAAGCCAUGCCACAUCCAGGCUGUAGACCCCAGUGGACCUGCAGCUGCAGCAGGGAUGAAGGUCUGCCAGUUCGUCGUCUCUGUCAAUGGGCUCAACGUGCUGAAUGUAGACUACCGCACCGUGAGCAACCUGAUUCUCACAGGCCCAAGGACAAUCGUCAUGGAAGUCAUGGAGGAGUUGGACUGCUGAGCAAGGACACCUCGCCGCUGAUGCCCCGUCCCAGAACAACACGACAAAUGACAUGGCAACGAUGGGCAGACAAAUGGAUAAUUGGGACAUGCGGAUCUUUUCUCUGUCCAUACGCACCUUGACUUAUAUGCAGUGUUUGAAUGUGGAAGAACCGGGUCAUACAUUUAAAAAAAAAACAUAGCAGGGGUGUGGUGGCUCAAAAGUCUAUAAUCCCAGCACUCAGGAGGUCAAGGCAGGAUCAGGGCUGCAAGUGCAAGGGUAGCCUCAGCUCACAGUGUGAGUGCCUGUCUCCAAAACCAUGUGCUUGUGCCAACGUAGGUGGCAACCGGGAAACUGUUUCCCUGUGGCGUAGAAUUCCCUUACUGGAGCCCAGUCCACAGUCCCCAAUCAUGGGUUUUCACGUUUGCAGAAAGUUGUUAGAAAGCUAAAAUAGCAACGUGGGGGAAAUGUCUUUUCUAGGAGUUCUUAGGAUAGUUAUUACAUAGUUUACAUCACUUCCGUUGUGCUUUGAUGGCGGGAGUAAUGAAAUGGCACCAGCGGUCCUGGAUACUGAGGCAGGAGGAUCACUUGAAUUCUGGUGGAUGAGCCACAUAAUGAGACCCCACAUUAACAAAAAUGGUUUUCAGCAAAAUUAGCCUGAAGCUAUUCAGUAAGCCUAGAUUCCACCAGCUUAAAAUGAAAACGGGGCACCUAGGAAUGUAACCCGCUAACAAGAAUGUGCAAGAAGGUUCUUAAGUGUUCAGCUACUUAAAAACCAUUAUCACAAAGUAACUUUUUCCUCUCUGUUUAGAUUUUCUUUCUUUCUUUUAAGGCGGGGCCUCGCCCGGUAACCCCUCGCUACUGACUUUUCCUUAAUUUCUGCCUUGAUCACCAAUUUCAGCUUAACCUUUUUUGGUUAUGGCACGAGGUGAAAAAGAAAACAAAACUCUGUGUCAUGGGAGGUGGAAAUGGACAAGGAGACAAUGCCCACAACUGCCUGACCCUCUUUUCCUCGCUGGCCUGAGUGCUUUCGUCCCGUGAAUCGGCUCCCGCAGCCUUCUGGAGUUCGUUCGAAAUAUUCUGGGUGUGAAAGCAAAGAGGUCUGUCCGUACCCAAGGAACACUCAAAGUCAGACCUCUGACAAGAUUGCACUCCGCGAGCAGCAACCUUUAAGGGACUUGGCUUCAUGGCAACCAACUUGACACUCAAAAUGACUUCUCAGCCCGGAUCUUUACAAGUCUCCUAAUGUCACAGGACGCUCUGCUCAGUUAGGAGUCCGAUUGCCAUUCCAGUCUGCAUCUUGCGUGAGAAUUCUUCACCUCACUUGUGCAUGUUUCUUUGAUCUAGAAAAGACUUCCUUUGAACCAGGUGUGGCAGCACAGGCCUGUAAUCCCAGCACCCAGGAAGUGUUCAAAAUGAGCCUGAGAUAUAGGAGACCCUAUCUCAAAAAUCCAGGAGAUUCCUCAGAGUACCAAAUGAGACAGUCCUUUUAUGUAGUAUAUUUUGAACCGAGAGCCUACUUUCUUAUGCAUUAACAAAGUAAUUGUUAUACCUCAGUAAUUUCUUAGUGGGAGGUGAUUGUCAUGCAUUGGUACCUGGUGGAAUGAAUUUUGUUAGUGCAUACAUACAUACAUACAUACAUACAUACAUACAUACAUACAUACAUUUUUCUAGCUCUAGUAAGAAAAUAGGAUUUUGAAGUGAUAUAGGAUAGUUCACAUUGGCCAGAGAGGUCAAUACCAUCAUCACCCGUUCUAUAAAUGCAGAAACCCACUCACAGCACAGAUUGGUUCAUCAUACGCUCAAAACAGCCCAGCAACUAAGUAGGGAACCUUACCACAUGGCUUUAAUUUAUGCUUGUUGUGAGUCAGUGCCAAACUGAUGAUCCCCCACUUCCUAAGUGGGGUUACAGGUGCACGGCACCACAUUCGGAUAGGAUAACCCUUACAGAUGAGACAGACGAAAGAAAAAGGGAUGGCUGUGGGCACUACGGUCUUCUCUGAAUGCCCUUUGCCUUGACCCUAGAUCCUAGAAUUUCCCUGUACUACACACACCCCCUCAUUCUGUCCAUCAGGGAGGGAGUGAAGAAGAGUUCGGUGUCUUCUUAUUUGGUUCCUCUCACCCCCAGUUUAAAGGUCAAAUGCCAGAGGACUUUGUUUUAAAGAUGGGUCUUGCUAUGUAGCACAGGCUGUCCCCAAACUCCCACUAAUCCUCCUGCCUCAGCAAAUAUCUUUGGACCAUGAGUUGUUAAGGCCUUUCUCUCUCUCUCUUUCUCUCUUCUCUCUCUCUCUCUCUCUCUCUCUCUCUCUCUCUCUCUCUCUCUCUCUCUCUCUCUACACACACACACACACACACACACACACACACACACACGGACUCACCCAAGAACACACACCACACAUAGCCUCAUAUAAUAAUUAGUGAAUAUGAAUACUCCAAUGACCCUAGGACCUUGUCUUACUCAUUCAAUGCUCAUUCAAUGUUUAUGAACAUGUUAUCUAAUUUUUAGAAUGUUACUUCUCCCUCUUUGCCCAGGAAAAUUAUUCUCAUUAGCUCCUUUGGGUGUCAUCUCCUUAGAGAAAUCUUUGCCAGGUCCCCCAAAAAUGUUCCUUCCCUAAGGUCUCCAAACCCCACAGAUCCGUAAAUCGCAUCUCAGCCCCUGUUAGAGCAAAGUGACGUUUACAGUGUCAUUGCCACCUCUCAGCCUUGGGAUGGAAGCGGAGGAUCAGGAGUCCAGUACAGCCUUGGUAAGAGAGCAAGUCUGAGGCCAAGCUGGAGAUGCAGGAGAUGCUGUCCUAGAUGCAUUUAGAAAGGUGUUGGGACCGAGUGAAAGAACCACAAGUACCUGGGAUUUGCCCCUGAUGGAACUGUGGGCCCAGUCCUCUCUCUUCAUGAGAUUAGUGAGCAGUGUGUCUCCACCGUUUGCCCUCACACAAUGUACUAACUCAUCAGAGGCCCCAGGGAGGUCAAUCAGUCAUGGACUAAAACCUCAAAACCUGUGAGCCAAAACGGCCCUUCUCUUUAUCGGUUGAUUAUCACAGGUACCUUGUUAUAGAGACAGAUAUCUGCCUAACACAGAUUGUUUCAUGUGUCUGUCUGCAAGUCACCUUUGCCCUGAGUUGAAUUGCCAAAGUUCCAGGUCAUGUAACCCCAAAUAAUCUAGAACCUGCAACUGAUUCUCUCCUUUAGCUUAGAAAUUGGAAACUUUGAAACCACAAAAUGGUUCACAUCAUUUGUGAACCAAAGCAAUUCAUAAAAGCAGCUCUAGGUUGGAGAGAGAGUGCAGUGCUUAAGAGCACAGGCUGUUCUUCCAGAGGACCCAAGUUCGAUUCCCAGCACUAUAUAAUGGCUCGCAUCUGGCUGCCACUCUAGUUCCAGGGGAUCCAAUAUAUUUUUCUUACCUCCGUGGGCACCAGCUACAUACAUGCGUGCAUACAAAACAUCCAUAUACGUACAAUUAAGAUAAAUAAGCUUUAAAAGUAAAUUUAAAAAAUAAAACUAGCCCAGAAUCCAGGAGUAGGGAAAUAGACACCAUCUUUUAUGAGAAGACUUGCAUGGAAUUUGUGACCAUUUCUAAUUCUCUAAAAGUAGAUGGGAGGAAGGAGCCACUGUUAGUUGAGUGUAGUUAUUGAAAGCUUUAAACUCUCUGGACUCAAAUUCUUACCCAGCCAUUGGGUGGGAGUGUCAAUGAAGUCUGAUUUCUAGUGACACUUUGAGAGUCUGUAGAUCUUAAAAUGCCAGUGCUGCCAUGGCUGUGUAGAACACAGUUUAACCAUUUCAUUUCACUUACAAAUGAGGCAUAGACCAAUCUUGUGCUAUCCCCAAGCUCAUGAAGCUUGUCGGGUAGGAGCUUGAGUGGGAUACUUUCUGAGUCUCCUGUCACUCAGCCCUGUUACAGUAGAGCCUUCUGCAGCUGAAACAGCCCUAUGACAUGAUGUACUCAGAAAAUGAAAGUGGAGCCAGGUGUCUGGGAAGGGAAGGAAAUGCCAUCUUUUAUUGUUGUUUGUUUCAAAUACAAGGGUCUUAUUCUGAAUGUAGCCCACGUUGGCUGGGAACUUACUGUAUUGCACACAUAGGCUAGUCUCAAGUUCAUAGCAAUUCCCCUGCUUCAGCCUUCUGAGGACUAGAAUUACAGGCCUGAGCUACCAUGCUUGCUUUAAAUGAGUUUAGUCUUCAUGCGUAUUUGUAUGUCUGUGAUGUUCAAAGAGGAAAUGACAUUUACUGCCUGAGAUGACAUUUACCUGCACACCUUGGACACAUACUUCUUGUUCCCUUACAAAUAAUUUUCAGAAGCCGGGCGCACACCUUUAAUCCCAGCACUUGAGAGGCAGAGGCGGGUGGAUCUCUGUGAGUUCCAGGCCAGCCUGGUCUAACAAAGCUAUACAGAGAACCCUGUCUCAAAAAACAAGAGAGAGAGAAAUACUUUCAAAGCCAGGCAUGAUGGCUCACACCUAUAAUCCCAGAAUGUUGGGAAGCUGAAACAGGGUGUUGCCAUGAGCUUAAGGCCAGCCUGGGCUAUAGAGACUUUCUCUCAAAAACAAAAGUAGGCAAAAAAAAAAUUCUUAAGACUUUUUUUCAGAUGUUUGUGUGCCAUAUUUUAUGUUUUGAGACAAAAAGGAAGAUGGUUUUCCUUUCUAUAUUAGUAUUGUAUGUGUAAAUUCUAAGAUCAUCUUUUGUUGAACUGAAAACUGCCAUUGUCCUUGGUUUCUGCCUUCUGGGAUUUAAUUACGGCUAGGCAUGGUGGCCCACAGCAAGGAGAAGACUCGCUGGAGAAUGGAGUUUGAGGCCACCCUGAGCCACACACAGAGACCCUAUCUAAGGAAUAAUUUUUUUAGGCUUAGUAUCUCACACCUCUGAUGCCACCACUGCAGAAGCAGGAAGAGCACCACGUCUAAGGCAAACCUCGGCUGCGUGUAAUACCCAAAUGACAUAAUAAUUAAGGAGACUAGUUGAGAAAUGGUAGGUAACAUGAGUCAGACGAGUCACCUUUGCCUAAAUGGGGUGUGACUGACUUCCCGACGUCAUGUGACAGGUGGCUUCUUUGGAGGGACAAACACUAAGAUUAGGAGUAUUGCUGCUUUCCAUUCAAAUGGUAGGUAGUCUUGAGUUUCCAAAUCAUGCCUCAAAUGCAUUGUGGAGACAUCAACUUCCGAGGCCUAUUUUAUAAUGUUGGUACUGACUCUUCUCUAUCAGCUGCUAAGAAUUAAUCCUGUUUUUCUUUGACUAUAUAUAAUCAGAAUAACUCCAGAGCACUCUGGUGUUGCUGGCUGGUGGAAACUGAUUGUUGACAUUAAUCAUGAUUUCCCGUCACUUCACGUGUGACGUACAUUUCUUCAGUUGCAGUACCACCAGGACGAAAGAGCUGUGUGCCAAAAAUGAAGUUCACCAUCAAAGAUCAUAUAUGGUAUUGUUAAAUGAGUUUUUUUUAAAAAGUACUUAAUAUAUAGCUUUAUUUUAAAAUUUGGUGAGAGUGAUUUGCUAUCUUUAUUAAAUCUAUACUGUAAAUCUUAAGAUGACUGUAUGAAAAUACAAAGGCAUAGCAUGAAAUAAAUGUUACAUUUAAAAAACGA